CUUCAAUCUAUUUUCGUUUAGUGUUUUGCACUUAAAUUUGUUUAACCUCGGUCUUCUGAUGUAUAUUCAAGUUUGAUCGCUUAAAUCUGUGUUUCAUUCCUUUGGUCAGGGUUGUUUUUUUGGCUGAAUUGAACAAUAUGCAAUCUCCACACGUCAAAUAUCUACGAGAAUGUCUCUCUCUGGCCGAAAAAUCCCCACCCCGUCCGACCAACUUUCGCGUCGGCGCCAUCCUCAUCUCCCGCAAAGAAGGCGAUUACAAGACUGAAGACGACCGGAUCGUCUCAACUGGCUACACUAUGGAAUUAGCGGGUAAUACACACGCAGAGCAGUGCUGUCUCUCCAAUUACGCUGCGGUGCAUUCCGUGCCAGAAGACCGUGUAUGGGAAGUAUUACCAUCUGAACCGGACCGAAAGCUAGUUAUGUACGUUACCAUGGAGCCAUGCGGGAAGCGGCUGUCGGGGAAUCUACCUUGUGUUCAGAGGAUUAUCCGGACUCGUCAGGGGGAUCGCAAGGGUAUCCAGAAGGUAUAUUUUGGAGUUAAGGAGCCGGGGACAUUUGUCGGUGGCUCAGAGGGGUGUAAGAUGUUGACAGCUGCCGGGAUUGAUUGGCAGGCUGUCAAUGGAUUGGAGAAGGAUAUCCUGGAGGUGGCGGUGGCUGGACAUGGCAAUCGCGAGGAGGAGGUCAAGGCCGCUCUGGACACAGUCGAGACCAACAUAGAUGACAUCAGUGACGACGAGCGGCGCAGACAGCAGGAAGCGCAAAGGAAUCCAAAGAAAAGGAUGACGGAGGCCAACUUGCUCGGCUGAUCCUGCAGUCCUAGCUCGAGUAUACAUACAUGCAAUAUAACCGAUC